ACGUCGAGCCGUCACUUUGAACGUUUAGAUACUCGUCGGUCUCGUUUACUCGGCAAUAUCUUGGAAUUUUCGUGAUUUUAUGAAUACGUUCCCUUGCGGAAUCGUAUAAAGUGAAGUGCAAGAAGAGAAGUUCAAAGGAAGACGAAAAUGGGCCCGAAAAAGAAAGAGAAGGGAGUAGACUCCGUCGACGGAGUGGACACGUCGAAAAUGAACAGGGAACAGCUGGAGCUUUAUUCUCGAAAAAUUUUGGAGGAAAUGGAGCGCGAGAGAGAGGAGCGGAAUUUUUUCCAGCUCGAGAGAGACAAAUUGAGGACGUUCUGGGAGAUCACUAGAAAUCAGCUGGAAGAGGCUCGGGCUACUAUCAGAAAUAAGGAGCGCGAGAAGGAGGAGUUGACGGAGAAGCACGAAGCGGAAUUGAAGUUGUAUAAGCAGAAAGUCAAGCAUCUAAUGUACGAACACCAAACGAAUCUCUGCGAAACCAAAGCCGAACACAUGGUGGCCUUGAAACUCGCUCAAGAUGAUCAUACCGCUCAAGAGAACGAACUCAUCAAGGACAAGAAGGACUUGAAGAGACGACAGAAGGAGCAGGAAUUGGCGCACAUGAACGAGAUUCGCGCGUUGAAGUUGUCCAAUGCCGACGAAAUGAGCUCCACGAUAAAGAAGUUCGAGGCCGAAACGAUGGAGCUCGAGCAGAAGUACGAGCAGAAAUUGGCCAAUCUGUACGAGUCGCUGAUGCUGAAACACAGGAUGGAACUGACAGAAGUCGAGGAAAGGAAGAACAUGCAGAUCGCGAACCUGAUAAAAAAUCACGAAAAGGCCUUCGCGGACCUGAAGAACUACUACAACGACAUAACGCUCAACAACUUGUCCCUGAUCAAGAGUCUGAAGGAACAAAUGGAAGUCAUGAAGAACCACGAGGAGAGGAUGAAGAAGCAAGUGCGCGAGACGACCGGCGAGAAUAAAAAAUUCUCGGCGGAGCUGAAGACCGCGCAAGAACAAGUGGCCGACCUCUCCCGACAGCUGGCCAAUUACGAGAAGGACAAAUUAUCCUUGACCCACACGAAGAAGCGUCUGACCGUCGCCCUUAAGGACCUGGAGAACCUGAAGUGGGAGAACGAGGUCCUGGAGCUGCGUUUCGAGAAGUGCCAGAGCGAGCGGGACGAGUUGCACUCGAGGUUCGUUUCGGCGAUCCUGGAGCUGCAGCAGAAAACUGGCCUGAAGAACGUCCUGCUGGAGAAGAAACUGGAGAAACUGUCGGACCUGCUGGAGCAACGAGAGGCUCAGAUCGGCGAAGUCCUGGCGGCUGCUCAACUGGAUCCUGCGGCGAUUGUCAACGUUAACAAGAAGCUCGAGGAAAUGUUGAAUCGCAAGAACACCGCGAUACAAGACCUCCAGCACGAGCUGGCGAAAGUCUGCAAGGCGCACGACGACCUGCUGGCGACCUACGAGGGCAAGCUCCAGGAGUACGGCAUCCCCGAAGAAGAACUCGGGUUCCAGCCGUUGAGGACAAAAUUAAUCGGCGCCAAAUUGGGCGCAGGACCUGCUGGACUCGUUACGCUAAAUCGAUAAUACCGUUUCCCUUCCACGGAAUCGUAUCGAAGAUCAACGGAUAUCGUACCCACCUGCCUACGUUAUGAGA